UGGGUAUAGUUUUGUGUGAAACGUCAAUCCUACAACAUGAAGCUGCUCCUCUUCAGUCUCUUGGUGGCAUCUGCCGUUGCGGCUCCGUCAACCCUGCCACGGUUCAGAAGAGGACACAGCAGGAUCGUCGGUGGCCAAGACGCAAGCCCUGGACAGUUCCCGUACCAGCUGAGCCUCCAGGAUACAACUUUCGGGACCUUCAGUCCCUUCUGCGGAGCGAUCGUCUACACUCCCGAUACGAUGAUCUGCGCGGCACACUGUGUCGACGGAGAAAACGUUACCCAUCCUCAAAAUCUGAGGAUUGUUGCUGGUGAACUGACCUUCAACGUUGAUGAAGGCACCGAACAGGCUCGAGAUCUCGUAUCCAUCGUCAAGCACGCUGGUUUCAACUAUCAUACUGUCGAGAAUGACAUUUCACUGCUCAAAGUUUCCCCUCCGCUUGACUUCAACGAGUAUGUGUCUGGGGUGACCCUCCCUGCACAAUACCAGAAUUUCGACGGGGACGCCGUCGUGUCCGGAUGGGGGACCUUAAGCCAAGGAGGGUUUGCACCCGCCACCCUGCAGUUCGUGAGCGUGCCCAUUGUCAGCGACGCCGAGUGUAGGAAAAGCUAUGGUGAAGAUCAAAUUUUCCCUUCCAUGAUCUGCGCAGGAAUAGAAGGUAAGGACACGUGUCAAGGAGACUCCGGCGGUCCUAUGAUGUGCGGUGAUUAUCUCUGCGGGAUUACGUCCUGGGGACAUGGAUGUGCCCAUAAAGGAUACCCUGGAGUGUACACGGAAGUCUCGUACUACGUCGACUGGAUCCACCAACACGAAUAAGACUUGAUCUGGACAAUAGCUUCUGGAAAUAGACUCAUUGUAUUCAUAUUUAAAGAAGUGGACGCCGCAGAAAUGUCAUGUAACUCAUUUUUUUCAGUGCUCUCCAAAGACCAAAUAACGUGUCCUAACAAAAUGUAUGAACAUUUGCUUAACGAGCGCCGGUAAGAAAAUAAUAAUAUUGUUUCGCUUUGACUUCGCAUUAAAAUUUAUUACAGUUUCUCAACGAUGUGUCAGCAUUGAGCACAGUAACUGAACUAUGUUGAAGCAUUUUAAUAGAAUGACAUAAAAAUAAUAAUUUGAUUGUAGCUAGGAAUUAGAUUGGCAUUGAAAAGUGGAGUGAAUGCAUAGUUUGCUUUUUCAGCGGUCUGGGGUAUCAUUAAAAAUUAAGUAUAAUGUAACAGUGAAUUUAUCGUCUUGAUGAUGAUGAGAAAGUACUGUGGGAGAGUAAAGUUGCAUAAUGGAUUAAAAAUGAGGGCAUGUGUGUUUUUAAUAUCUGUUAUGCGCCAACUAGCAUGUAAUAAGAUUCGUACGUUAAUAUACCGAUCUCAACUCCAA